AUGCGCCAAGCUGCUCUCUUCUCCACCUUGGCCCUGGCCAGCCUCGUGGCUUGCGAGGAUGUCCUCUACAGCUCCCGCUUGAAGAAGCGAGGAAUUGACGCUGCUGGCAAUUUUAAUAUGUCCUUCUUCCACGUCAACGAUGUCCAUGCCCAUCUUGACGAGUUUUCCUCCUCCGGUACCGACUGCACGAAACCCGAGAAGGGAUGCUACGGUGGCUAUGCCCGCAUCAAGCACACCGUCGACACACUCCGCCCUCAGUACGAGGACAGUCUCUGGCUUAAUGCCGGAGACGAGUUCCAGGGCACGCUCUUUUAUUCCUUCUACAAGGGCGAGAAGAUUGCCGAGACUUUGAAUCAGCUCGGUUUCGAUGCCAUGACCUUGGGCAACCACGAAUGGGACGGCGGUGAUGAGGAGCUUGGCCAGUUCUUGCUCAACCUUACCUUCCCCAUCAUUUCCGCCAACGUCGUCUCGGAGUACGAAUCUCUGAACAAGACGAUCAAGCCCUACGUUAUUUUUGAGAAGCAGCAAAUUGCCGUCAUCGGCUGCACUACUCCUACUGCCGAGAGCAUCUCUUCCGUCGGCGAGGGAACCAAGUUCUUGGACGUCGUCAGCACUGUCCAACAGACCGUUGACCACAUCAAGGCCACUACCGAUAUCAAGCGCAUCGUCGCUCUUACUCACAUUGGCUAUGACGAGGAUCAGAAGCUCGCAGAGGAGACCACCGGUAUUAGCCUUAUUAUGGGCGGUCACAGCCACACCCCGCUCGGAAAUAUGAGCAACUCCGCCGGUCCUUACCCUACCAUUGUCAAGAAUAAGGACGGUGAUGAGGUCUUCAUCGUUACCGCCUACCGCUGGGGUGAGUACGUCGGCUACAUUGAUGUGACCUUCGACGAUGAGGGCAAAGCUCUCUCCUACCAUGGCGGUCCUAUCCACCUUGACAACACCACUGCCAUGGACCAGGGCCUCCAAGACCAAAUUAAGAAGUGGCGCGGCCCCUUUGAGGAAUUCGCCGCCCAGGUCGUUGGAGAGACCAAGGUCGAACUUGACCAGACUACCUGCCAGCAGAAAGAGUGCCUGCUCGGCGAUUUCAUGGCUGAUGCCAUGGUUCAGUACCGUCUCAAGAACGCCGCCGAGGGCGAGAAGCCCGACUUUGCUCUUAUCAACGCCGGUGGCAUCCGCGCUACCAUCGAUGCUGGUGAGGUUACCCGCGGAGAGGUUCUCACGUCCUUCCCCUUCGGUAACUCCAUCGUCGAGCUUACCUACAGCGGCGAGGACCUCUGGAAAAUUCUUGAGGGAGCCGUCUCCAAGUGGAACCAGUUUAACGACAAGGCCAUCACGACUUGGUUCCAGGUCAGCAAGGAGAUCAAGGUCGAGUACAACCCUGAGAACACCAACGGAACGAAGCUUGUCCGCGUUACUAUUGGCGGCCAGCCCCUCGAUAAGGCUAAGAAGUACAGGGUUGUCACGCUUGAUUUCCUUGCUGGAGGAGGCGAUAACAUUUUCGAGACUGUAAAGGAUUACAUUUCCCUUGAUACCCAGGAUGAGGUCCUUGUCUGGUACAUCCAGGAGAAGUCGCCCAUUGACAUUGAGCUUGACGGCCGUAUUUCCAUCGUCAACGGAACCGCUGGGGACUCCGAUUCUGGAAGUGAUGGUGGCAGCGGUGAUGGUGAUGACCAGAAGGGCUCUGCCAACCGAUUCUCUUCUCCUUGGACUUCUGGCAUCGUCGCGCUUUCGGUUGCUACCCUUUUCCUUACCGCUCUUUGA